AUGGGGUACAAGAAAUGGUCCGUCACCGAGGGCGACGCCCCCGGGUUCGGCGGCGUCGAGGGCAUCGCGCCGAUGGUGAUCAGCUCCGUCGCGUCCGCGCUCGGCGCGGUCGUCGGAGUCAAGCUCUUGGGCGGAUUAUCCGAGCACGCGCGCGAUCGUCGCCGUUCGCGCCCGAACACGCCGCGGCAGUCCGUCGGCGACGCCGCGAGCCCCGCGGGCGCGGCGCUUCCGAGCAAGAAGCCGCAGAUCUUCAAGCCGCGACGGCGCCCGAGGAACGCCGCGCACUGGUCCCCGGACGAUUCCACGACCGCGGUCGUCACCGCGGCGGGCGCGACGCGACCAAAGGUCCAACUCAUCGCCAACGCGGCGACGUGCGCGAAAGUCGUCGACGUCGCGCUCGCGGCCGGCGCGAAGCCGAUCAUGGGCGCGACGACGCCCGCGGAGGCGUCCGAGACGUGCGACAAGGUGGACGCGACGCUGCUGAACUUCGGGACGCCGACGACGGAGGCGAUCGCGGCGGCGGUGGCGUCGGCGUCCAUCGUGGUCGUCGACCCCGUCGGAUGCGGAUUGGACGCGCGCGGCGUAAACGUCAAGCGAUGGCUCGACUACAGGAUGAACGGCAAGCCGAACACGAUCCACACGCUGGUCAAGGGGAACGCGUCCGAGAUGGCGGCGCUGAUGCGAAUGUACGGGCUGCGGAACGAGGAGAUGAAGCUGUGCGACGCCGCGGGGGUCACCACGUCCGACACCGCGGAGAACGAGGUCGCGUCGAACGCCGCCGCCGCGGGGAGAUCGUUCUCGCCGCCGUCGUCGCCGUCGAAGGCGGUAUCCAAGCGCGAGGCGGCGAGAGAGAAGGCGAUCCGCGACGAGAUCACCAUCUUGAACUGCCUGAAGACGCUCAGCGACGCGACGGACGCGUACGUCGUCAUGACGGGCGACGUCGAUUACGGCGUUCCGUGCGCGUACCACGGCGACGGCAGGCCGUGGGCGAUCAGGCGCGUUCUAUACACUGGUUCCCAUACGACCGCGUUCGAAGACGACUCGUGCGCGUGGCUUCGCGAGUGGACGGGGGCGGGGUGCUGCCUCGGCGGCGUCAUCGCGACGUUCGUCGCGGCCGUCGGGCUCAGGAACGAAGGCGGGGAGGGUGACCCGGUGCGAGCCGCGUGCGCGUGGUACCGACGCGUCGCGAGCGCGACGCAGGAUAAGGGGCGGGGGGUGGACGGGCCCGCGUCGUUUCAGGUUGCGUUUUUCGACGCGUUGCACGCGGCGUCGAGGGAUUCGCAGAGGGCGUGA